CAUGCAAGCUACGCACCAUUUCUUUACAUGAAGCCUAUUUCUCUCAACACUAGUUCAUAUUUUUAUCAUUAGAGUUAUUUAAAUUUAACAAGUUUCCAUGAUAUCCUUAUCACCCACACAUAGAUUUCCUAUUCCUAUUCAGUCGAUUUCCGGUGGCAGGGGCUCCUUCAAAAAUUUCUGCUUGUCUCCUCAAAUGGAAGGAUAUGCUUCGGCAGAAGGGUACCCUAAUUUGAAAAAAUUAUUAGGUGAUAUGGAAUUUCCGACUCAGGAACAGAAGAAUCAUCGGGCCGUCAUUUUUUGGAUUGUAAUGCGCGAUGAUGAAAGUGAGCUUAAGAAAGAGUUUGGCGAACUUGUUGAGCAGUUUCGGACCUGGCUUAGUUUCGAUAAUAGGCUGAAAGUCCUGUUUGGACAGAUUACUCAUCGUAUCUUCAUGGAGGCGUGCUGUUCUCGUCUAUUAGAGAAUGUUGAUCGUUGGGUUUGCUGCAGUUCAAUUGUGAGUUCAAUCUGUGUGCUUACUUUAAACCUCAUGCAUUAAUGAUGUUUAGUUUAAAUAGUUAAGAUUUUAUUUUUUCGAGCAUACCUCUACAUUGAUUAAAAGUUUGAAACUGUGAAACAAUAUUGACAAGCUCUAUCGCCCUCUCCAGCCUUUCUGAUAUUUCCUUAUGAAGUGAUUGAAGUCAGUAAAUCAGGCAUUAGAUUUAUGCCAUUCAAAUGUGCCAGUGUGUCUGUUAGGUUCCCCUAUAUUAAUUAGGCUACUACUAAUCGAGCUAAGAGGGGUGGAGGCACGUAUAGGUGCAGGGGCCUUGGCCCCCAAUAUUUUCAUUUUUAAUAGUACUAGUAUUAGAUAUAAAAUAAUCAGAACAGAUUGGGUCAAAACUACCCUAUAGAAGCCUCCUUUUGAGAUGCUUCUGUGUGGAUUUUUUGAUAAAAAUUUUGUAAGCAUGAUUUUCAUGAAGUAAAAAUUAUGUUCAUAAAAUUUCAGUUUAAAAUGCAACCGGGAAGUCAAUUAAAUAAAUUAUGGAAUAACAUUGCAUUUUUUAUACUCCGUAUAUAUUUUGGUGUAAUUUUGUAAUACUUUAUGUCAUUGACUUUCUGAUUAAAAUUUAUACUGAAAUUUGGUGUAAAUAGUCUACACAUCAUGAAGAAUAUUCUCACAAAAUUUCAUCAAAAAAUCCACAUAGGAGCACCUCAAGUAUAGACACCCGGACAAGAUAGAUCAUGCCAAGUAGUUUUGACAGGAUCAUUACUCAUGAAAUAAUUGCAUAUACUUCCUCCGUUCUUAAAUAAGUGAAACAGUCAAUAUUUCACACUUGCCGAGACACAAGUUUGACCAUUAAUAUAUAUAAUCUUUAUUAGUAAAAAAAUUAAAAAAAAAUAGAUUUUGAAAAUUUACAAUGAUACAAAUUUAACAAUAUCUUUUUCAAGAAAAUAUAUUAAUACAUUAUUUAAUUAAACGUAGUCAAAGUAGAACAUGUGAAUAGUGUAAAAUUUAGAAUGUUUUACUUAUUUAAGAACGGAGGGAGUAUAAUAUAGGACAAAAAUAUGUUUUAUUCCUCAAAUAGAUCUUAUUUAGUCGUAUAAAAAAUAAUUUGAUUAAAGUUUGCCAAAACAGGAAUAAUAAGUCCUAUUUUGAGAAUAAAACAAUAAUAAUCCUAUUUUUGAACUUUACUUUUGUUUUAGUCCUAUUUAGAAAAUUUUCUCUUUAUUGUUUGUGUUCCUUUGUUCCAUCAUUUGCAAUGGAGCCAAAGACUGACUAUUUUUUGGCUUUGGGAUGUGAUGGAGUAAAGCAAAAUGGCUCACUAAACUGUCUGCGUUUUUCUUUUGUUAUGAAGCAGCAGUUAGUCUAUGCAAUUCUCGAUGCGUUUUUACUAUGGCUCAUCCGGAAACAGUCUCUUUGUACUUUGAUAAAAGGGUAAGGUUGCGUACAUCCGACCCCCCUUACCCCACCGUAGGUGGGAGCCUUUGCGGCAGUGGGGUAAUGAGGAAGAAGAUUGUUUGUGUUCCUUCUUGGCCCCCUAUAACAAAAUCCUGGCUACGCACAAUCUCAAACCCAGUGUAGUCAAAAGCGAGCGCCUGACGCUUAAGCGCCCCACGCGCAGCGCACACCAGCUCUAGCUUUUUUACAACAGCCAGGCGCAGCUCCCUUUGUAAUUUGCAAGUUAGGCGCUGCAGCGUCGAAGCACUAAAAAGUGCUCGCUUUUCUCGCCCGAAGUGGAAACACGCGUUUAAGCCCAAUAUUUCAGUGUCAGACUAUUUUUAAUAAGAAGCUCAUAUUUUUAAUAUGAUAAAGCCCAUCUAAUUAUCUAAAUAAUAGGUCAAAACAACAUAAACAACACUAUGUAAAAAUUGAUAGUGUUUGAGAAAAAGUGAUUUACGCAUAUAUGUUUGACUUGUAUAGAGUUUGCAACUGCUUCUCCUUAAAAAAAAGCACUUUUGGAGAUGUAAGGAAAAAGUGAUUAGUAGGAAAAGUUGAUAGUGUUUGAGAAAAAAGUGAUUUUGAAAAGUAAAAGUUUGUAGUGUUUGGUAAAAUAAGUGCUUUUUGUGUAAUAGAAAGGAGAAAAGCUGAGAAGUGUUUUUUUAAGUGAGUGCAAACACUCCCUAUAUAUUACCUGGCAGCACUCUACGAUCAAUGACAGUAUGUUUUCUUCUCCUUCAUUGUUCCACUUUUUCUGUUUUUUUUCUUUGUUCAUCAUCUACUACUUAUAAACUCUAUACAAGUCAAACAUAUAUGCGUAAAUUGCCAGUAUAAUGGUCUAUCAUGUGUGACUGUCUUCAUUGUUCCAUUUUCUUUCUUUUAUCUUUUUCAUAUAUGCGUAAAUUGCCAGUAUAAUAUGACUAUAUAUAAUUAUACAUAAAAUAAUACUCCCUCAGUCCCAAAUUGUAAGAUACAUUUACUAUUCACUUGGUCAACAUAAAUCACUCUCAAUCUUUUACUUUAUAUAUCAAAAGUUUAUGAAAUUUGAAUUAUUUUUUGCAGGCUUUGUAGCGGAUUUAAUGUAGUUUCUGAAUAUGUAAAUUUUAUUUUCUAAAACUAAUUUGAGUGUUGACAGGGAUCAAUUUGCUUUAUCGUCAGUCAAACAUAGUAAACCGUAAAGUAUCUUACAAUUUUAUACUCCCUCCGUCCCCUUUUAAAUGUCCAGGAAGAGGAUGAUAAAGUAAGAAUACAGUAAGAAUGAUUAAAUAGGGACAUCCCAAUAUGGUAAAACGGGACAUUUAAAAGGGGACAGAGAGAGUAUAGAAUGUACGACUAGUCGCCUAGGUGGGCGCCUUAUCCUCUAGGCGAAAAGGGUGGCGCCGUGACUCGACUUACCGCCAUGACGAAUACGGGUCUAUCAUGUGCAACUCUCUUCAUUGUUCCAUUUUCUUUCUUCUUUCUUUUUGAGCAACUCCUUCUUAUAUACUUUAUACAACUCAAUCAUUUACAUUAAUACUACUAGUCUAUCUUGUGUAAUUCUCAUCUUCAUCCUUCUAUUAUCUUUAUUUUUCAUCAUGUACUUCUUAUAUACUGUCAAUCAUGUGUAAGUCUGUUUCUUCAUCUUAUAUAAUUUAUUUAUUCAUGUACACUUCAUAUAAUUUAAUCAUUGAUAGUUUCGUGAACGUGGAACUUCAGCCAUGGGUCUUGAAGCUGCCAAAUCAGCAAAAACAGAUUGGGCUUAAAAACACAAUUAUGGCUAAUGAAAAUGAUGCAAAUGCAUGACAUGUAAUUUGGUGAAUCUUGAAUUAUUUCUUAGAAACAUGACUUGUUAAUGUAGUUGGUUCAAUAUGAUAUUAUAUGUAUCAUGUUUGAUAAUUACUCCCUCCGUAUCAAAUUAAUUGACCCAUAUGCUUUUUCACGUAGUUUAAGGCAAAUAUAUGUAAAGUAGGAGGUUUUGGUACUGUAGCGGCACUGUAGCAGUACUGUAACUGCUUUUUGGGUGGGUUUAUUUCCAAAAAGGGAAAUGAGACUUUUAUUUUGAUACGUCCCGAAAAGGAAAGCGGGUCAAUUAAUUUGAUACGGAGGGAGUACAUAAUAGUACAAGUGAUAUUUUCUAAGCAAUGCGCCUACAUGAGUCAGGCGAGCACUUUCGUGCACCUUGCGCCUCAGGCAAUGGGACUACUCUAUCGCCUUAAGUGCGCCUCGCGACUUUGACUAGCUUUUUGUCAAACCUGUAAAGGAUGCUAUGUUGUUAAGUGCUGUGACAAUAUGACAUUCUACUAGCUUUUGACUUGAGAUUCUGGGACAUGAGAAUGUUUAGAAACUAAUUAAAUUAUAAGCAUAGUACAAAGACUACAUACUUUAGUUUUUUGUUUUCUUUUAGUGGCCACACUUUUUUUUGUCCAUGAGUUUCAUAGCACGCUAUAGCAGCGUAGUGGCACCUGGAUGCAGAGAGAGAGACACUGUAGCGGAUCAGUUGGUUGUAGUAAAAAUAUCUGACACUAUUUGCAAAUUUGCAAAAUCAUUCAAUUUCUGAGUUCUGGGGUUAUUCGAGUUUUUAAAUCUUUAAAAAGAGAGUAAUGCUAUGUGUACACAGCAUUGUACACACCACUACACAUCAUAAAAAGCCCACCCCUCCCUUUUCUAACUCAUUUAACCCCUGCCCUCUCCUCUCUCCUCCAUCCCAAAAAAAUACCAGCCCACUCUUUUCUCUUCCCCCCAAAGAAACGGAUUCCAUCUCUUAACCCCCUUCCCCGUCGAACGGCUUCAGGCGAGCCACUCCAUCGCCGCCCCUCUCCAUCGAAGUUCAUCGGUAGUUCCACCCUCCCGUCCGAUGUGUGCGCAAAGUCCAGAAGUCAGUCGCCGGCCCAAUUUUCUUCUCCUUUGAGUCGCCAUUCUUCACGCUGAAGUUGUUGGGUUUUGCCUCCGCCGCCACUUCACUCUUUACUGAAAAUGGUUCGCACUUCAUUGACGGAAUUGGCUCAAAGGGAGGAUGUGGAAUGAUGGUGCUCAGUUUUGCGGAGCACCUCAUGUUGGAGCUCUCAUUCAUACCCGGUUGCGAGUACGAGAACAUGGCGAAGAAGAGGCGUGAAUUCGCCAAUCGACUGUGGAACUUGAAGAAUGAUUUACAAUGAAGAAUUGUGUCCAAGGGUGUAGAUUUGUUUGUAUAUGUAAUUAAUAUAAAUACAUUGGUGGAGACAUUUUUGUAUGUAGAGAAAUAAAAAAUGUCUGCGUGGAGACAUUUAUUGUGUGUUCGUAUAUACAAUUACAAAUAUGUUGCCAUAAUUAUGUAUUAUUUCGUUGUGAGUUUUCUCAGCUGAAUGGAACACAUUAUGAAGUUCAUAGACUUGUUUUAGAAUGUGAGUAUCA